CACUUUCAAACAAAAUAAAUUAAUUAAUAACUCAAAUGCUUGUAGCACUGGAUUAGUUUUCAUGUUUAUCGCAAAUUCUUGUGUUGAGUAAGCAAGUACUUAAUUGCAUCAUAUCUACUUUUCACUACAAUCGAAGAAAUUGUUUUUUGACAUGAGUUCUCUGUUUUGCCAUCGUGGGUUACAAGAACAUGUAGUAGCCGGCUGUGUCAAUCCCGAAUUAGAUCCUCACCGGAUAACAAAGGCCGGAAACAACACCUUUCACAAUGCAGUAAAAUGUGGAACUAAUCCACUUGCUGUACGUGUGCAGAUCUUGCUAAGGCUGCAUUCUGUUCUCUCCUACAAACCAAACAACAAAGGCGACACGCCUUUACAUGUCGCGGCGAGGUUUGGGAAUGACAGUUUCGCCAUGGUUCUGAUAGAUCAUGCUAGGGAACCAUGCCAUAUUAAUGACUAUACAACUCUGCUGAAGAAAGCCAAUCAAGUUGGAAACACAGCACUUCAUGAGGCUGUGCUUAAUGGUCACUUCAAAAUAGUAGAGCGGUUAAAAGAUGAAGAUCCAACUUUGACAAAUUUAGUAAACAAUGCCGGUGAAUCUCCUCUGUUUUUGGCUGUGGAUCGAGGAUUUUAUGAAAUUGCUUCCAUAAUUUUGGACACUUUUCCUAUUUGCUCUUUGUUAGGAAGAAAGGGUAUGAAUUUCAUGCAUGCUGCUGUCAUUCGUUUGUAUGACCCAGGAAGCCUAGUGCCCACCAUGAUCAGGGAAAAUUUCUUCUCUUUUUCCUUAGGAGUUGUUACAAAGGCAUUAAACAAAUGUGGAUCUCAAAUUUUAGAUAAAGGAGAAGAUGAGUUUGGAUGGAAGCCUCUUCAUUAUGCAGCAAGCAUGGGACAUUCAAGAGUUGUUAAACUAUUUUUGGAAGCCAAAAAAUCUCUUGCUUAUAACAAAGACAAACAAGGUAUGACUGCCCUUCAUAUCGCUGCAAGGAGUGGACAUUUGGGAGUCAUUAGAAAAUUGAUGAAUGAAUGUCCAGAUAUUGGUGAGGUGUUGGACAAUGGAAACAGGAGUGCCCUGCAUAUUGCUGUUGAGCACAAAAAGGUUCAUGUUGCACAUACUCUAUUAAAUAAUAAAGCUUUCAUUGAUGUUAUCAAUGAGCAAGACUGUAAGGGAAAUACAGCUCUACAUGUAGCUGCUGUUUGUGGUUAUUAUGAAAUUUUUGUAAGUUUGGCAAGUAAUUCGCGUACGGACAAGAGAAUCAUGAAUGAGAUGGGGAUGACUGCUUUAGACAUUAUCGGCAGAUCAAAUCUACUUGGUAAUGUUGAAAAGGCUAUUACCAAAUUCUAAAUAAAUACAGAAAGCAAUCUCCUAAGUCUACAUGAAGCUGCAAUAGUGAAUCAAUCUACAAAAAGUGAUGAAAAAAAUUCAAGAAAUCCAAUCAUCACCAACAAUGACUAAUGAAUCUGUACCAAAGGAAGAGAUUAUUGAUAAGGAAGUAAAGCAAAUGGCAGACAUAAAUUUAGUGGUGUCGACACUGCUCACAGACAUAACGUUUCAAGCAGCCAUCAGCAUGGCCGGGGCGGCAACAUACAGCAGUUCAAGCUGCCUCGAAGCUUUCACAUUGUUCACGGCAUUCAAUUCCUUGGUUUUCAGUUUCUCGGCGGCCUCUAUGACAAUCCACAUUGCAGUUGCUCUUUAUUUCAAGUUACUUGGUAAGCCACACAGAUAUCCUUUUACCUCGACAAUGAUUUUAACUAUUGCCUCCAUUACCUCAUCUGUGUUGGCCUUUUUCACGGGUACUAAAGCAUUGUUGUACGAGAAGAAAUCGAAGAUUGUGUCUAGUUCUAACAUUUGGGAUAUUGAUUUUCCUGAGAAAAUUACAUUCUUUGCUUUCCUGGCCAUUCUCAUAUGGGUCUUGCUCCCACUUUUGUUCACUACUUUAUACCAUUUAAUCAUUUUGAGUUCUGAUGAUGGAUUGCCCCUCCUUUUGUUCGAAUUCAAGUAUGGAGUCUUACAUUACUUACAAAUGUUCUUAAAGUGAUCAUCAGAGACUUCACUCUAUUGUAUUAAUAGUAAUAUCAACCAAUCAUAAUUG